GCCACCUCAGCUACCGAUGAAGCUUAUUCUCAUGGGGUCGAUGGGCCUCCACUUCCUGUAUACUGCCCAUGGCGAUAUUGUGGGCGCUCAUCACCGCGUAUCUCCAGCAUUUUGAGCGGUGAGGGUGAGCUUCAGUCUAGACUCUGCACAUCACGCCGAUGUUCUUCAGCAUUCGUUCCUUGGGCCUGUCUCUCUGUAGAGACCCUCCCACCGGGGGAGCAUUUCCGUCCACACCUCUCUUUCCGCAGGCUCCCCUUACUAUGUAUACCUGCCCACCCUAUUCAUUUAGCCGGGAUUCUUUCGUCCACAUCUCUUUUGGAGGGCCGCUGCACCGUCCAAUGGACGUCCCCUGGACGCAGUCCAUCACACCCCAGCUUCUCCUUAAUCAAUGUGCCGAGUGGCCAACUGAAGGGACCUCGACCUACUUGGGAAUUGGCGUUAUCGCUCGUCCUAUUUUUUGCUCUUUUUUCUUCUUUCCCUCAGGGCCCGUUGCCAAUCACUCAAGUCUCCCUGGCUCUGCCUAAAUAUCCAGCAUUCUCUCCAAGACGCCGUUCGCCACUUGACUCUGUUUUCCCUUGCUUUACCCAACUUUUCACACGCCUCUCAAUCACACCCAGUUCACCAGCAAGUCGUUCGUUCUUCACAGUGCCUGGCAAGCGUUCUUAA